UCAGGAAAAGAGGGACAGGACUGCCUAAAACCGUUUGAGUGAGGACUGUAGGUGUUCUCAGCUGACCUGUGUGCAGGCUCAGGUGCUCCCUGCAGGUUUGGUCAUUGCGCAGCUGCAGCAUUGUUACACACCGCCGCCGAAGAGAGGAGGAAAGAUUAGUGUGUGUCGGCGGGCAGUGAAAGUGGCUCCACAGCCGCUUGCUGCAUUGUAGUGUCACAGGCCUGUGUAGAAACAGAUCCUCCAUCUUCAUCCCUCACUGAUGGACGUCUUCAGCUUCGUGUGCGCUGCGCUCCUGUGCACGGUUGUGGUGCACGGUAAGCCAACGUUAAGGAAAGAGAGAGUUCUUCAUGACCCAGAGCUGAGCAGGAAAGCUCAUGAAGACAAUAAGAGCUACCAGUACGACCAUGAGGCCUUUCUCGGCAAAGAGGAGGCCAGGACAUUUGACCAGCUCACCCCCGAGGAGAGCAAGGACAGGCUCGGUAAAAUUGUGGAUCGGAUAGACAGCAACGCCGAUGGCUACAUCACCACAGCCGAACUCAAGACUUGGAUAAAGCGUGUGCAGAAGCGCUACGUGUAUGAGAAUGUGGCAAAGGUGUGGACAGAUUAUGACCUGAACAAAGACAACAAGAUUUCAUGGGAUGAAUACAAGCAAGCCACAUACGGAUACUACCUCGCCAACCCGGAGGAGUUUGAGGAAGCAACAGACCAGUUCAGCUUCAAGAAGAUGCUCCCUCGUGACGAGAGGAGGUUUAAAACAGCUGAUAUGGACGGGGACCUGGCAGCAGACAGAGAGGAGUUUACAUCCUUCCUCCACCCUGAGGAGUUUGAACACAUGAGGGACAUUGUGGUUCUGGAAACCCUGGAGGACAUUGACAAGAAUGGUGACGGACAUGUGGAUGAAGAUGAGUAUAUUGCCGACAUGUUUGCUCAUGAGGAGGGGGGUCCAGAGCCGGACUGGGUCAAGACCGAGAGGGAACAGUUCUCUGAUUUCAGAGACUUGAACAAAGACGGCAAGAUGGACCAGGAUGAAAUCCGACACUGGAUUAUGCCACAAGACUACGACCACGCCCAAGCUGAGGCCAGACAUCUGGUGUACGAGUCUGACCAGGACAAGGACCAGAUGUUGACCAAAGACGAAAUCCUUGAAAACUGGAACAUGUUUGUGGGAAGCCAGGCCACCAACUAUGGCGAGGACCUCACCAAGAACCAUGACGAGCUCUGAGCUCACGGUGCAGCUUCUGUUGUGUGCGUGUGUGUGUGUGUGUGUUAGGAGGGCUGGUGAACGUCUUUGUCCUUUAAGACAGAAUCACAGACUCUUGGCACCUCCUCCCACCACCACACACCACCACUCCAUCCUUUCCUCGUAAUAGUGAGACAGAUGUCAGAGUGUUGGAUUGUGAACCAACACUGUUGACACCAGACCAGAGGAGGGACAAGCGUCGGUCCUACCACUAACACGAAGGGUCCAUCUCGGUUUCAUAUCGUCGGUUCUGUUUCUGACAUUCAGGAGCAAAGCCAGACCCAGUGGACUUCAAUUCCAUCGAUGGUGCCUUCCAGCCACGUCGCCGGCUCCGCUGCCUCAGAGAUCUGUAUAGAUAGUCUUUAAUAAAACUGUCAAAGUUGAAUGCCGAGCUUUAGGUGAACUGUCAAUAGCGAAACUGUUUUUUAAAUAUAAAUGUUAAUGUGAAACUACAACGCAGAACAUUUAUUCUGAUUUUAUUUAUUUAUCACAUCUCUUGUGAACUUUAGGUUUGAGAGGAUAGAAGAGUUCAACUAGAGUUGGUUUUCACAAUGUUUCUUUGUUUACAGUUUUCCUGGCCAUAUGAUUUUUUUCUUAGUUAAGUGCUUUAAUAAGUGUUAAUUAACUGUUGUUUAUUGGCAUGGUUUUUGCACGCAUUUGGUUUUAGUGUAGCCUGUGAAAGAUUUUUGUCUUCAUAUUUAGUUUGAAAUGUAUUUAUUGGUAAACUUCAGGCCAACAAUAUGCUCCAUGUUAGAAUUUUAAAGACCUUUUCUGAAUUUACAUUUGAGCUUUACUCUUUUACAACUGUCUAAUUUAAUUGAGGAUGUUUUUGUAAAAGUGUAUUGGUUUGUUUGAAUACAUACACUCCCUGUUACAUCAUCCAGAGGUCAUCUUUUUGUAUCAGGUGUACCACAUUUAUUUUUACUGCAUUUGGUAUUGUAUAUAUCUUUUUUUUUCACAUUGUUUGUAUUGGAUAGUUUGUAUAACAGGUGCAUAGAACUAUGCAACUCAAGAAAAGAUGAAACUACGAUCAAAAUUUGUAAUUUUAGUCAAAUUCUCACUCCGUACCCUUCUCAUCUUUUUCUGUCCAUUUUAUUUUUUUGUUGUAAACCUCAUUGCAUUAAUAGUCCACAUCACACAUGCGCACAAAUCCAUCAACAUGUCUCCUCCUCCACACUGCACAUGCUCAUGAAUUGUGUCAAAAUAAAAGAAAGAAAGGUA